AUGCGUGAUGGCAUGAAAAAAUCUAUAGUCGGAUUGAUAAGUGACGCCAACCUGUCAAACGAAUCCCCGAUUCACAAAAUCGUCAUCAACGACGUUACCGCCGACGACAACAACAACACCACCAUUACCAAUUCCACCAUAACUUCCGAUUCAGAUUAUAACGAGGACGAAACAAAAUUCUCCGAUUACAAUGAUGAUGAUGACAACGAUGACGACAAAGUAAUAAUAUCAACAACAACAAAAAAACAGUCAUUGUUUGCAAAAAUAAAAUCAUGGUAUCAUCCAACAUACAUAAAAUCAAUUGAUGAGCCUGCUGACAAAGAACCAAGGCUAAGAUAUUGUAAUGGACGUUUAACAAAACGAAAAUUCUUUUGUCUUAAUUUGGCAAUAUUAUGUCUCUUCUUUACUUUGAUAUUCACUCCUUUAACCUAUUUUGUAAUAAUACCGGCUUUCGUAAGAUAUAAAAUUUCAAGUGUAAAUCUAAAUGAUAUAUCGAUCGAUUAUAUGGAUAUAGUGGAUUGGAGAUCAAAUGGCCUGUCGUUUGAUUGGGAGGCUCAUUUAUCAAAACAAUUUUUCUUGCCUUUAAAUGCAAAAUUAGAUCCAAUAAAUUUAACUGUUCACGACCAAGAUAAUAACAAUUUAUUAAUAAUUUCUGUACCUGAAAUGAAUGUUAAUAUUGGCGAACCUAUUGAUUUAAAAUUCAAAGGUGACAUCACAUUCGAGGAUAAUAGUGCUUUGUCAUCACUGUUGGAAAAAAUUUCUGCUCCUGGUGGAAUUAAUGCCACAAAUAUGGUUGCUUCAACUGGCAUCUCUGUAAGUAUGUUUGGAAUUAAUUGGUAUAAGAAUUUAGAAAUUUCAAAAUCAAUACCAUUACCUAAACUGGAUAGUAAUUUAAUGAAUCUUUGGAGUAAUAUGCCACCUUUCAUAAUGUCUGCUGAUAAAACAAAGCCUGAAACAGAAAGUGUCAACGUUGGAGGUGUUAACUCAACAAUCGAAAAACCUCUUGUCAUCGAUGGAAUCGAAUAUUGGCAAAUUUUACCUGGGUUUCCACCAAUAAAUUUUAAAGCUCUUGAUGUAAAACUUAUUGAUAAUGGUCCAAUCAUAUCAGUGUCUCUAUUAAUGCAAAAUCCAACAGUUUUAUCAAUUCCAAUACCAGACACUUCAAUUGCCAUAGAAUUAGAACAUUCUUAUUUUGCAACUACGAGUAUCCAAGGAUUCACAUUGACCCGUGGUUUAAACACCCUCAACUUGAAUUUGUCAAUGACUUUUGAUCCAAAUAGAAUAGUGACUUCCGAUCAAAUUGGUAAUUCUGUAUCUAAGGCAUUCGGUAAAAUACUUGGUGUAGAUCCUAACAACGAAGGAUUGAGUCUCAAUGUCAUAGGUCCAAUUAAAAUGACCGGUAUCGAUUCCAUCACUGAAAUAACUCAACACUUAUCUUUAAUCCUACCAAUAAAUGAAAUCGUUAAUAGAACAAAUCUUAAAUUAUUGUCAAACUUAUUAAAUGUGUCAGGGGUUGAAAGUAUUUUGCACACCGUGAAUUUUAAUGUCGAUGUUCAAAAUGAUCGAAUUUUUGUACCAAUUGAGAUUAAAAUGCCUUCAUUUUUGCCUUUGCCUCCAAGGUUUGAUUUUCCUUAUACUACAUCGUUAGGUCUAUUCAAAAAUGAUCAAAAUACACUGGAUAUCAUUUUAGAUGGAAUAUCAAUGACAAAUGAUGAUAAUUUGUUAAUAAAAACAACAGCUCAAAUUAUUCCAAAUAAUACUUUAUUAGCAGCAGAUGCUCUUGGAAAAAUUGUAAAUCCAGCAUUGAAUUCUCAAAUCAGUUCUGCAGACGUAAAAAAUUUCAACAUUCUAGAUAAUAGCAAUAAAACAUUUUCAUGGGCCGAUCAACUUUUAGGCAAUCUCACUCUAACAAUCCCGAUACCAGGUUUCAAUCUCACUUCAAUUGUAAAUAUGCUAACUCAAAACGGUACGAACAUACCGGCUCAAAUAAUCAAUCUAGCUUUAAAUCAAAGAACUGACAUUUCUGGAUUUGAUAUUAACGGAAACGUUACAAUUCAAUAUCCACCACAAUUACCAAUAAUCGCCAUCAAUACUGGCUAUAUCUCUACCACUGUUGAUAUUGAUAGUAGCUUAUUAUUGACUGCCAAUUUACCUAAUGGUAUCAGUUAUACAACCGACCAGCCCUCUACUUCAAUUGUAGCAUCAGCAUUACUAGACAAGAAUAAUAUCGAAUUACCUUUGAAGAUCGCUGACUUGGUUAAUGGAGUAUUAAGUGAAAAUGAUUUACCAAUGCCGAUUUUAGGUGUCAGUAAUGUCAUAUUGGGUACAAGCCAACAGGUUAAUUUUGUUACAUUUAGUAAAGUAAUUGUACCAAUUAACCUCAGUACAUUAAAACCUGCUUUAAAAACUGCCAUCGAAACUAUGACAAAUUCGAUUCAAGAACAAAAAGGAUUGUUGAAGCUCAACGGUAUAGAUUUAGAUAUUCAAACAAGCACAUCCAUAUCAUUAAAAAUGCAAUCGACGCUUAAUAAUCCAACAAACAUCACGGCUAAUAUUGGUCAAAUAAGUCUUGGCGUGAUUUUGAAUGAUGGAAAAUUAGCAACAAUUAGCGUGUCACCGAUUCAAUUGCUUCUUGGUCAAAAUGUUACUGCUAAAGAAGGAGCGGAAUUCAAAUCUGUCAUUGGAAUAACUGGGAUUGUAAUUUCACCACCUAUAACGACGCCUCAAGGAAACACGACUGCCGCGACAAUUGAUCAAUUUAAUGCCACGAAAAUAACCGUUCCGUCAUCACUUAUACCAGCCUCAAAACUUCAAUCUAUCGAUAUCUCCAGCAUAAUUAAAGAUCCUAGCAACGCUAUUAUAGAUUUUACUGGUGUUUUGCCAAAUGAUCAAACACAAUUGACCUUACCUACCAUACAAAGUGUGACUGUCAAAACUAUAGCAGAUGCAAAUUUGAUAGCUGGUGCAUUCUUUAAAUACAUAAAUCCAUUACCAUUGAGUGUGAGAAUUCCAUAUUUGUACUUUACAUUAUCAUUAGACGAUAACGCCAUAGUAUCUAUGUCGAUUGUAAAUGUUGAAUUGAAGCGUGGUGAAGGAGGGGGCACAAUGUCUCCUUCCGCAGUAAUAAAAUUUUAUAAUUCGGAAGGAGCUCAAACAUCCCUAAACACUUUUGUUGACAACAUUUUAAAUAAACAAUUUUCUCAAAAAGUGUCUUUGUCAGAAAUUUAUUUUGGUCAAGCUCCAAAUAAUUCCAACGAUUUGAUUAGUCUGUUAAAUCUAAAUCUACCAAUAGAAAUUUUAAACGUAGAGACCAUCAUUAAUAAAGUAAUAGAACUAUCACCAAUUAAAUUACCACUUGGUAUAGAUCAAUUGUUAGGUGAAUUUGCUCCACAAUUAACGUCGGUCGAUAUAUCAACCAAAUCAAAUAGGCAUCUGAGUUUACAAAUAGGAGCCCAAUUAACAAUUCCGUUUGAUAUCAUUGCUGAUGUUGGAUUUUUUGCAACAAAAUUAUCGUUGGAUGGUUCUUCGUUCACUUCGGUAACUGUUCCCGGAUUGAAAAUCAGUGGAUCCGGUAAAAAUGAUGUCAGUUUGGAAAUAGAACUGGGAUUCAGCAAUGAUGAUGCGGUGAUUCCCGACUCUAUCAAAACUAUAUUGGAUAAACUGGCUGGCGGAGAUUUUAUUUCCACAAAAAUCGGUAUUGAUGAUUUUGUAUUAGGUGUGAGCGAAAGUGACACGAUAAAGACAUUAGGAAGCAUUUCAUUAUCAACAGAAAUUGGUAAUCUUGCAAGCGGGAAAAUAGAUUUCAAAUCACAGUUAGACAAAAUUUUAAGCGAACUGGCUAGCAGUACAACACCGAUAAUUUCAGUUGGCAAUGGAACGAUAUCUCUCAAUAUACCAAAUUUAGUUCAAAUGGAAAUAAGCAAUAUGGCAAUUAAAGUUUUACCAGAUCAAAUAAUAAACGUCGACAUAACUACUUCAAUUACGCUACCGUUUUCGUUAACAAUGAACAUUGGUUUUGCGGGCGUUGAUGUGUUUUUGGAUGACAUUUCAGCAGUGGAAUUAUCAGUUUCAGCAUCAAGUCAAGGCAAAUUGGUCACUAUCAAUACACAAAUGAAAUUAGGCGGUGAUAAUGUUGUUGAUUUAUCCGAUAAAAUAGGCUCUAUAACUCAAUCGUUCUUUAAUAAUGAAGAAAUUUCAGGCACUUUAGGCAUUAGAUCUCCGUUAAUUGGAUCUUCAAAAGACGAUUUAAUAAAAGCAUUUUCACAAAUAUCCAUAGAACUGUCGAUGAAUGAGCUUUUAACUCCAAUAUUUAAAAAUAUACCAAGAUCAAUAGAUCCGAUAACUUUGUUAGAUCAAUUCGGUUUCAAACUUGAAUCAGUCUAUGUAGCUUCGACAACUGGACCAUCAAUUGUUGUAAAUCUUAAAGCAAGUUUUGUAAAUAAUUUUCCAAUCAGCAUGGAUUUAGGAUUUUUGUCGUUAUCUCUUGGAUUAGACAAAGUGCCAUUAAUAGGCUUUAAUUUGCAAGAUCUUCAAGUUGGUUCAGGAGCAAACAACGGUUUAACGUUGACUUCCGUUGUGUCUUUUAUCGCAGACUUUGAUGACGCACAAACUAAAAUUGCGGAUUUCGUUUCGAAUUUACAAAAAAACGGACUUGGAUCAACAACAGAAUUAAUAACAAUCGACAACAUUAAAAUCGGUGCAACUGGGAAUGAUGUUAUCGUAGCUUUAACAAAAGUCAUCAUUGGUUUGCCAUCAAGUUCCAUCAUUAAUCAAAAAUUUGCUGAAAAAUUACUUAAUAUGAUCGGUUUGACAUUGAAUGAUCUUACAAUAGACGGAUUGAUCAAUAGGUUGAGCAUUCAGAAAUUAAAUAUGAACUUAUUAUCGUCUGACAAUUCCGGCCCAAUGGUCGUUGAUGGUCAAAUCGGAUUAAAUAACAUUUCAUUCCCGAUCACAGUCGAUAUGAAUUAUUUGGCUGUUACAUUAUCGUUGAAUUCUAAUGAUCUAACACAGUUAACAAUGACCGGCCUUAAAAUCACAACAACAAAUAACAAUCAAAUACUGACAGAAUUUAAAGUUGAAAUGCUAUUAAAAGAUUCUGAUGGAUUAGAACAAGAUAUCGCCACUAUAGCUAAAACUAUCAUAGAAACAAAUGAUGUUAUACCCGGAAAUGCAUUUAUCACCGGAUUGUUAUUUGGAGAAAAUGAAAAUGAUAACAUCAAUCUAUUGUCUAAAGUAAGCUUAUCAUUACCAUUAAAUCCGCUUUUGCAACCAAUCAAACAAACAGCAUUUAAAUUAGUCAAUGGGUUAUUGGAUGGUACAAGUCCACUCAGUCUCAAGUUAGAAGAUAUUAUAUUGGGAGUAAAAGAUCCAGAUGUGAUGAGUGUUGAUUUCGCCUCGAGUAUUGCUGGAUUACCCCAGCAAAUCUCUAUCAGUGUUCCAUUUGCAAGUAUAGAUAUAAAUUUCGAUGGAGAACAAUACAUAACAUCGGUAAUUAAUGGCCUGAAAUUAGAAAAUGGAGAAUUUAAAACUUCAAUCGAUCUUAAAUUUACCGAUAAUAAAACAAUAUCAAACAAAUUGGCAAAUAUUGCUGCCGACAUAGUUUUUAGAAGGCUUACAAACACCGUGACACAAAACGUUGGUAUAACUAAUAUAAAAUUUGGUGGCUCGGCAGAUAAACCUUACUCGUUAAUGAGUAAAAUAAGUGUUGCUUUAGAUGUUGGUAAAUUUAUCAAUCAGACGGCCAAGUUCAAUAAUGAUAAUAAUUUAUUAGUCAUUGAUGAUAUUCAGGCUAAAGUUGUACCUCAAGGAGUUGUAGCGAAAUUCACAGCUCCAGCAAUACCAAAUUUACCUCUAACAUUCAAUGUGCCUUCACUCUUGGCGGUUGUGUUCAUGAAUAAUGGUAAUGGCGUGGACUCGAUUGCAAAUGUUAAUGCUCGACCAAUUUUCCUAAAAAAUAAUCCCAUGGCAAAAGCACUGGAAAUCGCAGUACCAAAUUUAUUGGAAUUCAAAUCUUUUACACAAGGUGUAUCGCUCGGUGGAAUAUUUUUAUGCCAAAAAGAUGACUGCAUAAGCCGUUCAGAUAACGACUUCAAGAUAUUCGAUCAAAUAAUAUUCCCGGCACCUCCUUUAAUCUUAUGGUCUCCCAUUCAAGUAUCAUUGACAAAAAUCUUGCCAAUAAACCUUCUAAUAUCAUUUACUAAUCCCAGUCCAUUACAUAUGGAUAUUGGUAAUUUUAAAUUUGCAUUAGAAAACAGGGGUGAUUCAAUAUUUGAGAUAUUUUCGCAAAGCUCAAUCAUAAUCAACAAUUUACUCGAAGGUCAAGGUAAAAAUAGUAUACCGAUCGAAGCAAAAUUGACAUUGGAUGUGUUACAAAUUCCACAAAUAAUUAUCGAUUUACCAAAAUUCGAUGAAGCGUUUGACAUAAAAAUCACAGUUGAUCAACCUGACUCGGGGCCAAUUAGUUGGUUGAAUGACCUCUUGAAAAAUUUACCUAGAACUGUAUUGAAAAAUUUUGUACCUAUCAUACAAG